AUGUCCCUCGGGAACUUCUUGGCUGAUGAGAGCCUUGGCUCUUGGGCUGACGAGAUGGAGGAUAUGCCCCUCCCAUCCGGUAUGUUCUUCGCGCUGAACACGACUCCUCCCGCAACCUCCAGCUUUGGUGCUAGCCGCCCCUCCGGCGGCAUGGGCUUCGGUGGCAGUGGUGGUUUCUCCGACCGUGUUGAGCGCGGUGGUUACGCCGUCCGCGAGCCCCUCGACCUUCCCACCGAGCCUCCCUUCACCUGUCACGUCGGCAACCUGUCAUUCGAAGCUACUGCAGAUGAUAUUUCCGAUCUCUUCUCCGGAUGUGGUGUCACAAACGUUCGAAUUGUGGAAGACAAGUUGACCAAGGCCCCGAAGGGCUUCGGCUACGUUGAGUUCGAGACGGUUGAGGGUCUGCAGAAGGCCCUGGAUCUGUCUGGUACUUCGCUCCAGGGACGUACCAUCCGUACUAGCGUCGCAGAGCCUCCCAAGGAGUCUCGCUUUGAAGCCCGUGAUGUCGACUGGACCCGCCGCGGUCCCCUCCCCGGCCCGCCUGAGCGCCGCAUGCCUGAGCGUUCCAGCUUUGGCCGCAACAUGGAUGCUGCUUCUGAUGCUGGCAGCGACCGUGGUGGCCGUCGCAGCAACUUCGAGAGUGACGGCAAGUUCCGUGACUUUGGCAACUGGGAGCGUAAGGGCCCUCUUUCCCCUUCCGCUGGCCCCGCUCGUGAGGGUGGUCGUCCUCGCGACAAUGAUGGCCCUGGCUCCUCUGGUUUCCGGAGAGCCUCCCCGGCCUGGGGUGAGGGUCGUUCGCAAGAUGAAGGAUCUCGUCCCCGCUGGCGCGCUAGAAUGCGCCCUGACCAGGCCAAUGAGACCAACAACACUGAUCCUGCCGCUACUCCCGCUACUCGUCCCAAGCUGAACCUGGCUAAGCGCACUGUUGCCGAUGCACCCACCGGGACCACUUCCGGCGGUGACUCCAAGGCUAGCCCCUUCGGUGCCGCUCGUCCGAUCGACACUGCUGCUCGUGAGCGCGAGGUUGAGCAAAAGCGCCAGCUUGCUAUUCGCCAGAAGAAGGAGAGCGAUGAGAAGGCCAAGUCUGAGAAGGCGGAGAAGGCCAAGGCCAAGACCCCUGGCACCGAUUCCAACAAGGACGGCGUCGACACUCCCCAGGGGGCCAAGAACUUCGAGAUUCUGCGACGGGCUGAUGUUACCGAAGAGGCUCCCAAGGAGUCCGCCAACGGCAACUGGAGGGCCGCUGAGCCUUCCGCUGCCGCUCCCGCUCCCGCUGAAGAUGAAGAUGGAUGGAGCACCGUUGGCACGAAGCAGCGCAGCAACCGUCGUGGCCAGGCUGGUCGUGCAUAG